AUGAAGUCAGGAGGAAGACCAAAGUUGGCCUCGGAAGAUGAUCACGACCUGAGGCAGGGGAGGACAUCUGGAGGCAGUGAGCGGCAAAGAGGAAAAGGGAACCUCAGAUGUAAGCAGCCUGGUAGGCCUGGGGGCUGCGGGGAGGGAAGAGCUGAGUGUGGAAGCUGGUUUGGAGCAUGGAGGGGCCUGAAGUGCCAUGGAGUGACCGCACUGCCAGGUGUGUUUUCUGGUGGAACCGAAGACUGGUUUGGAGCAGAGGUGCGCGGGCACCUAGGGGAGGUGGACGCAGGUCACCAGGAGCGGGGCAGCUGCGGCGGGGAGUCUAGCUUGUUCCUAGGGCUGCCGGCAGACGCGGGGGUGGGUGGAGACAAUCACGAUCGAGGAGGAGCACACAGGGGAGGUCUGCACCCCCGAGGGUGGCGGCCGGGGAGGAGGGCUGGUUGGCUUUGCUGCAGCCGGUGGCCUGCUCCGGGGGCCCUUCCCCCGCGCUCCCUCGCCGCCUCCCGAUGCUCCCCUCCUCCUCCCCAUCCUCUCCAUCCUCCCUAUCCUCCUCUGGUCCGCGGCAGCCGCGGCUCGGGGAGCAGCCGGCGGCGCCGCGGCCGCACAGCCUUUGUCUCGGGCCGCCGAGCCCAGCGCAGGCAGGCCACGCGGGGACGGCGGAGGCUGCGAGGACGGGCAGUGAUGGAAAAAUGGGAGAGGAGCCGGCCCAGCGUCACUGCCACCACCAUCACCAUCACCAUCACCACCACCACCACCACCACCACCAUCACCACUACCACCACCAUCACUGACCGUAGCCCAUCCCACUCCCCAGCCUCACUCCCAUCUCAUCUCCCCGUGCACUGCCAACUUUGUCAGAUCAUUUCCUUUGCAUCGGGUAGUAGUUGGACAGAACGACAGAGUGCGCCAGCUGGGGAAUAAGCGCAGCUGCCGUGGGACAUUCGUCUUCCGGGCCACUCAGCUGCCUCUGUUUUCUCGUCUCGGAAAGGGGCCUGCGAUCCCCACGGAGGUGGCUGCGUUCCCAGUCUGCCUAAUCCUGGCGUUAGAAGCCACCCAGAGACAGGUCACGUGGUAAUGAUGAGUGACACCUAAGAAAUGUCUUCAUCGAAAUAGAGAAUUUGAAGAUUUAAAACUUUCUUAUUUUUUUUUUUUUUGACCGUCAGAAAAGUAGCAGUAAAUGAAAAUGUAAAGCAGUGGAACUUCGACUAAACUAUUCAAAAAUAGGGCAAAAUAGGUGUUUUGUAGGAAAAUUGCCCCAGUGCGCCAAGGGCAAUGCCCUUCCUCUGAAGUUCCUUUUGCUGCCUCGUGGCUGUGUGUUUCAGAUGUACAUCGUGUCCCUCGGGGGACACACCUUAAGAAUGCUUUAAUUACUGGAUUUCAAAACUGGCUUUUGCCAGCCCAGGGCUGACCAGUGAGAACAAGCACACGUGUAGAGAACGGUCCUGGAAAACACAAACUAAAAACUCUAAAUCCACUCCUUUUCUCUGUUAGCGGAAAUUUCCGGGAGCCUCACCUGAGGUGCUUCAUACCAGCUCCCCGGAACCCCUCUCAGGGUUCUUGGUCUUGUUAAUAAAGGAAUUUAAGAAUGAACUCGGAAGGAACCCCGAGGACAGUUACUGGAGUUUCAAAGAACUCCAGAGCAGGCAAGCUGUCAGUCUCUUUAGUUUCCGGGAGAAGGAAGGAGAGAAGGAAGUUAAGGUCUUUCUACGCAGCUGCACGGAGGAGGAGGAUGGGAGCAUAACAAAACAGAAAGACCAGAGUGCCCAGGUAGUGUGCCCGGGCUUUCAGCAAGUAUCUGAAGGGAGGUAAAGAGAAGAAGAAAGGAAAAGUUAAGCUUUCCCCAGGAAUUCAGAAAACCCAGCGGACCUUAGCAGAGCUUCAGAAGGCACUGUCUAGAAGGUGGGGCUUCUGGGGGGAAAAGUAUAUUAUUUCAUCUAGAGAAUAAUUACUCCGCCCAUCCCUUUAGCAUGACUUAAGGUGAAUCAACCUUCCUGAAGGGCUGAGCCCUUGGUCAGGUGAUUGGCAGGCCAAGCUGGGAUAAAUCGUCAUUUGGGGGCUUGGAAUGUUAGGUGUCCAACCAAUUCUUUUGAUCACGAGGAAAUCCCUUUCCCUUAAUGGGUCUCAGCAGAGCCCUAAUCGAGCUGCUGCAAUAUUUCUUCCUCUGAAGAGGUAACCCUAACAUCAUUCAGGAGAAAGGCUGGAAUUGGGGAAUAAAUAAAUCCCAUUUUCACCAUGAAAAUCUAGAGAUCCCAUUCUAAAAGGUUGUAGAAGGUAUUAGUGUCUGUAGCAGUUUGGGCUAUAUGCUCAUGUGUAGCCUGGAGGCAGGGGCACUUAUUAAGGGGGACACAAGAAACCAGAGCUCCCUUCUGCCAUUCCUGCUUGGAGACUGGGAGCACUGCUGGAGUGCUGGUCUUUGGGUCCCUGCCCUGUGCUACCUGUCCAGUUUCUGUCUCUUGUUCUCAUCAUAGCUGGCUAGAAAAGGAACCCUGAACUGAACUUCCACCUUGAUGUUCUAAUCCACAAAAGACAACUAAUCAAUUCCUAAGAGACGUUAUAAUGGGGCUCUGUAUGAAGAGGGCUGCCAGAGUAUCCCCCAUGGUAUGGUUCACCUUAAGUCCUGUAAGAAGGAAAAAGAGUGACGUUAUUAAAAAAUAAUAUGAGGUGAGAGUG